UUGCAAGCCACUAAAAGAAAAAGUUUGAAAAGUGUCAAGCAGCAGCCCGGAAAGCUGCAAGCGGCAAGCGGCUAGCGGCUCUCCUCGCUCCGUUCGGUUCGGUUCGGCCAAUAACCCAACGACAUUUUGUGGCAGGCAUGCAAUGCGGCGUGGCGACCCCAACGGGCCAGCCUGCGAGUUAAUUACCGUUAUCCUUGCACAGCAACAACAACAGCAACAACAACACAAACAACAACUAAACGGUACUCAAGUUGUGGAUUACGAUUACACCCCGCUGUCGCCCCGCUGUGUGAAAGGACAACCACAACGACAUCGACAGAGACAACCCCAUCCGCAGCUGCAGCCCCAGCAGCAAUCCCAGCACCAGCCACAGUCGCAGCCUCAACCCAUACGCAGACAAGGCCAAGUCGUCGUCGUCGUCAAGCAAACAUUCCAAUCGGAAACGGGCUAAUUGGCACACUGCGAAUCUCAAAACGAGCUAUUGGUUGACCCCCGUGUGUAGAAGUCGAAGAGAAAAUCCAUUCCGUUCAUCAUGCGCUAAGCGGAGCUCCAACAAGACAACGGCGCUAACCAGAGAGAGAGAGAGAGAUAGAGAGAGACGAGCAGGAAGUCAAAGGACACAGCAGGAACGCCCCUCCAACCCGCACGGAAGAUGCCAUCCAUAGCCAACAGCAGCAGCGGGAGCAGCAGCAGCGGGAGCAGCAGCAGCGGGAGCAACUUCCUGACUGUCAACGAUGCGCGUCUCAGUUACGUUGUAAAUCAAGUUGCAUCCUCAACCGCAUCCGCCUCCGGAUCUGGCACUGGCAGUGCCACCGAUGCUGCCACGGCCACUGCCUUUCCCACAUUCAGUCCACCGCGGAUUGAGAGCUUGGUGGCCAGCUCCGCGGAGCAGGAUCUGAGCAGCUUUGGUGAUGUGACAUUCGACAUCUUCGACGACGAUGACGAUUUGUUUGGCUCACCCAUGGCCUUCGAUGCCACCGAGCAGGGACUGUGGAAUGGGCGCUUUGUGCCACCGCCGCCGCGGCCGCCCUUCUUCGUCGAUGAGCCCGUGCUGAGCGAUGGCCUGACCACAUGUGAUUUAUGCUCCUGGGCCAUGCCCACAAAGAACACAUUCAUGUUCGAGGGUACGAUAGAAAAAGCCACCGAACUGGGCUGGCCGCUGACGUUGAUCAUUGUGUCGAUGCUGUCGGCGCUGCUAGGCGCCAUCAUCAUGAUUGCUGUGGUGCGAUGUCGGCGCAAAAAGUCUUCCAACAAUCGAAAUGACACGCACGUGCAGUGGUGGUCCCGGAAUAAGCGCGCCCACGGCAAUGGCCUCAAUGGCGCGGGUGGUGGGAGUGGCGCGGGUGCCAGUGCCGGCAGCAGUGCCCAUCUCCACCAUCAUCCCCACAAUGGGAGCAACAACAACAUCAGCAACAACAACAAUCAUCUGAGGAGAAGCAACAUCUAUACGGCACACCCGGCGGACAGCAUACGUUGCCCGUUGCCACUGCCACUGCCGCUGCCACCAUCCACAUCAUCGCCCACGCUGGGGGGCACAGUCAUGGCCAUGACCAUGUCCCCAUCAUCAUCAUCCACAGCAGCAGCAGCGGCGGCGGCGAAUGGUGCAGCAGCCAGCGCGCCGCCGGGCCAACACUACUUCCAUCCAUAUCACCAGCAGCAUCAGCAUCAUCCACAUGCACAUGCACAGCACUCACAGCAUCCACAGCAUCCCCAUCAUCAGCUUCAACUGCAGCAUCAGCAUCAGCUUCAUUCGCAUGCACAUCAUCCGCAUCAUCAGCAGCAGCAGCCGUCGCACCAUCAUCAGCAUGUGCCGCUCUACCCGCAUGACUGUGACGAGGAUGCCGCCUACGAGGAGCCCGAAUAUCAUCAGCCCCAGCAGCUGCAUUCGGCCCACAGCUGCUCCUCCAUUUCGUCGGCCUCGCUUUCGGUUUCGGCCCCCUCCUCGCCCGUGCCCACCGAGGCCUCCUCCUCCGCCGGACUGGCAGCAGCAGCAGCCAUUGCCGCUUGCCACUGGCCGCAGGCAACGGCCAGCACGAUGGUGAUUGCCAGCUGAGAGUCGGUUGAAGGCUGCUCCUGGACGGUGCAGCCUCAGGAGCCACCAGGAGCGGGCAGCGGCAGCGGCAGCGCCAGCAACUGGAUCUGGCAGUGACAUGUUGUGCAACAUUUUAGCGGUGGUAGCUGCCCCGCGGGACACUACUGCUUAAGAUGCAGGGCACAUAUUCUGGUGCAGAUCAUAAAAAGGAUUACACGUAACAAUUUUGUCAAGUCCAUAAGCAUCUAAAGGAUACACUCCCCACGAUACACACAGUGUAUCUGUGUCCCUGUGUCCCUGUGUGUGUGUCUGUGUGUGUGUGUCUCCCAAUUGGGGAAAAACCGAAACGAAUUUAGUGUCACUUCCGUUUCCGUUUUGCAAACUAUCGAACCAGACAGGCAGGCAACCAGCAGAUAGGAGGCAGACAUUUUGGGUUUGUGGCAGGGCACCAGCAGCAGCAUGGAGGAGCAGGACUGCCAGGAUGCUCUCUUUACAUGCCAUGCACGUUUUAUCCUUUAUUGCCGUUCGGCAUUAGAACAGGGAUUUUGUCAGAUUAAAGCAAAUAAAGGGCGUGGCAUGGUGUGUGGCAUGGCGUGGCGUGUGCUUUCUGUUUGCACCCAACAUUCUUCUCACAUUCGAACUGCCAACUGCCGGGCGAGCGUCGAUGAUGCCACAAGUUUAAAUCGUUGUGCAUGCCCUGUAAAUGAUGGGCAAGGGUAUGCCACACCAGCAGAUGGUAGAGCUGCAGGCUGCAAAUGAGACACAAAAUGCCAGGCUAAAGGGCAAACCUUCAGUCGAGUUGCUCAAAUGCUCAAAAUGUACAAUUUCCUAACUUGUUUUUUUUUGGGAACAUUCUUCGGCUUAAGCUGUUGUGUGCAUGUGUGUGACAGAGUCUAUCUAUGUGAAUGGUAUUGUAUGUGUGUGUGUGUGUGUGUGUGUGAGUGUUUUGUGGUGUAGCCUCUCGGGAGGGGAUCUAUCUGCUGGUACGGACAGGAUAUAUGCCAGGUCCCAGCCCUGCCCUGCCCUGCCCUGCUCUGCCCACCACACAACUUUGUGGCUUUUCACUUCAUUCCAAUUGACAAGAGCAAAUAGAUUCCACUACUAACAAGAAACUGUCGAAGUAACGAAGAACCAUUAAAAACAGUGUAAAUAUCGUAAAAGCAAAGGAAAAGCAGAGAAAACUUCGAGCAAGUCCAGCCGAAAGGUAUUAA